AUGGCCUCCCUCCGGCGCGGAUCCGCCGCCGUCCUGCUCCUCUCGCUCCUCUGCGCGUGCUCCGCUGCCCUCUCGGAUCCCGCCGCCGACGCGGUGGCGGAGCUGGAGGCCCUCCGCGCGAAGUCGCCGGCGGGGGUGAUCCACCUCGACGACCGCGGCAUCGGGCGAUUCCUCACCUCCGUUCGAUCCCCGAGGCCGUACUCCAUCGUCAUCUUCUUCGAUGCCGCGCACCUCCGCUCCAAGGGCGAUCUCCACUUGCCGAGGCUCCGUUCCGAGUUCGGGCUCGUCUCUGAGGCAUUUGCUGCCCACCACCGCUCCGACCCUGACAAUCUCUCUCGGGUGUUCUUCUGCGACAUCGAGUUUGGGGAAUCGCAACAGUCUUUCUCCCUCUUCGGCAUUUCCUCUCUCCCUCAUGUGCGGCUGGUGGGGCCUGCGGUGGCUAACCUCAAGGACUCGGAGGCUAUGCAGCAGUCCGACUUCUCCCGCCUUGCGGAGUCGAUGGCCGAGUUCAUAGAGGCGAAGACCGGGAUCUCCGUCGGCCCUAUCCAGCGCCCGCCCCUCCUUUCCGGCCGCCAGAUGGCCUUCCUGGCGUUGGUGGCGCUGAUCUCUGCGCCGUUCCUCAUCCGACGGGUGAUCGCUGGGGAAACUUUGCUGCACGAUCGCAAGAUCUGGAUGGCCGGGGCCGUGUUUGUGUACUUCUUCAGUGUUUCUGGGGCGAUGCACAACAUUAUCCGGAAUAUGCCUCUAUUCCUGACGGACCGGGAGGAUCCCACGAAGUUAGUGUUCUUCUACCAAGGGUCUGGAAUGCAGCUUGGGGCAGAAGGCUUCGCAGUCGGGUUCCUGUAUACUGUUGUGGGUUUGAUGAUGGCGCUGGUGACCCAUGGACUAGUCCAGUUGAAAAGUGUGAAGGUGCAGAGGGUGCUGAUGGUGAUAGCCAUGGUCAUCUCUUUCUGGGCUGUGAAGAAGGUUAUUUACCUCGACAAUUGGAAGACAGGGUACAGAGUGCAUGCCUAUUGGCCUACCAGUUGGAGGUGA